CAGCUGCUGCUGCAGCAAGGGGACGAGGCCCUGGAUGGGGACCCUCAGUUUGGGUUGGGCGUGUGCGCGGAGGAGCAGCAGGGCGGCGCAGCUCGUGCUGCAGCAGCGCAGCUGCGUUCGCUGGAGGCAGCAGCUCUUGCUGCGCUGCUGCAGCAGGCAGAGGGUUUUGCUGCUCCGCUGCAGGUGACUGAACGCAUUGGCCCUGCAACAAAACAGACGCAGCAGCAGCUGCUGCUGCUGCUGCGCGAAGAGCUGCCGGGGUGGCAGGCGCUGGCUCCUGCGCUGGACGAGGUGUCUGUACACCUGAACAUCGAUGCUGCUGAGUGUGCUGCGCUCGCCUACGACGCUGUUGCUGCAGCAGAAGCAGCAGCAGCAGCAGCAGCAGCAGGAGGGGAGGUCUACUGGCACCCGCUGCUGCCUCUCCGCGCGCUGCAGCGGGAGCAGCACUUCCAGCUGCUGUGUCUGCGCACUUUGGCCGGUUUGCUGCACCCCGAGGGAGCUGCUACUUUGAACGCAGCAGCAGCAGAAGCAGCAGCAGCAGCAACGGAAGGAGCAGCAGCAGCAAAACAACCGAAUGUCGCGCUGGCUUUCUUUUGCGUGCUGCUGCAGCGGGGGCUGCUGGACGCGCUGAUAGAGAAGCUGGAGGCGCUGAUGCGUGCUGCUGCUGCUGCUGCAGCAACGGAGGCCUCGCAGCAGCAGCAGCUGCUGCUGCAGCAGCAGCGGCAGCAGCAGCAGGGCCUCGCGCUGCAGAACGCCGCCGCUGCAGCUGACGGGGACGGCGCUGCUGCAGUGGUUGCAGCAGCAGCAGCCGCUGCUGCUGCAACGGGCAUUGAAGCGGAAGCAGCAGCACUCACGGCGAAGCACAGCACGGAGUGCAUCUGGGCCAUUACUGACUUGCUGCUGCUGCUGCUCAGCAGCUUCCAUGCUUCCUCGAACCAGCUGCAGCGGCUGCUGCUGCUGCUGCCCCACAUUGUGUCUCCUGCUGCACUUCCUGCGGGACGCCGCGCAGCUUCAGCGCAGGACUUUGACUCCAGGGCGCAGCAGCAGCUGCAGCAGGAGCAGCAGCAGGAGCAGCAGCAGGAGCAGCAGCAGUCCCAGCAGCAGCAGUUCCAGCUGGCGGUGCCCGCCGACGCGCAGCAGAAGCUGCAGCAGGAGCAGCAAGACCAGCAGCAGCAGCAGCAGCAGCAGCAGCAGCGGCAGCAGCGGCUGCUGUCCACCCGGAUUUGCGAACUGGUGCUGAUCAUUCUGCAGCCGAAGCUGCUGCGGUGGGUAGUGCCUGCGGGCUCUGGCCCCUCCCUUUUCAGCCGCCAGCAGCAGCAGCAGCAGCAGCAGCAGCAGCAGCAGCAGAGCGUGCUGCAGCAGCUAGAAGACUUCAAAGCCCCCACACUCACGGACUUCGGGCUGCUGUCGCCUCCCGGAGAAGUCGAAGGCCUGACAGCAGCAGAUAAGCAGCAGCUGCAGCACUUGGCGGAGGACGUGGGCAAGACACGCAAGCUCAUACAAACGCUGCAGCAGCAG